ACUCCUCCAUUCCAAACCAAUGGACAAUCUGAAUCUCAAAUAUCUCACUACUCUCUUUUCUUUCCUUCUUUUCUUCUCUUUCGCUACCUCAACUGUAUCUGUAACACCCACUUCUUCACAUAUACCAUUAGAUCCAUUCACAGGUAUUGUUUGUUCCAUUAUAGAUUGUGGGCAAGGAACAUGUCAGCCUUCCAACGCUUCACUGCUUGGAUUUGACUGCCUAUGUAAACCUGGUUGGAAAAAGAUUCCGAUUGGUCCUUUCACCUUCCCCUCUUGUCUUAUUCCUAACUGUACAAUCGAUUUUCACUGUGGCAAAGGAUCUCCAUCUCCGCCUCCUCCCCCAGCUUUUCUCCCACCAACAGCAAACCAGACUAGCCAGUGUGAUCUUGUCUGGUGUGGUGAUGGGGAAUGUGUGAGUAAUGGAACUGGACAUAUCUGCCAGUGCCACCAAGGUUCUGAGAAUUUGUUUAAUUCCUCUGGCCUAGCUUGUUUUAAACCAUGCUACCUCGGAGCUGACUGUCAGGGGUUGAAUUUGUCGGUAAAUCCACCGCAACAGCCACCCCCACCGCCACCAUUAUCAUCUAAUAGCCCGGCCUCAUAUGACAACGGGUUGAAGGGUGUGCCAAGCUGCUCGGGAACUCUUUGCGGACUGACUCUGAUAGCCGUAGUAGCAGCCUGCCUAACAGUAUCAGUCUUCUAGAGAACAAAAACAUCACAGACAAUAUAUUGUACACAUUUUCCCUUCUAUCCUUCAAAACAAUAGCAU